AUGAGUGAAAACACUUCCAGUUCUCAAGCAGAGACUUGCGUCCUCUUGUCUUGCUGUGUUGGUGUGCUUCUGCUCUUCAUGGGUAAAGCCUCUUCUGAGUGUUUGACCCACAAAGAGACUGAUUAUGGAACCGAGCAAAAUGUCACUCCACAGUCCGCCUGCCUUUACCAUCUUUAUAAAGUGUCCAUCUGGGAACUUUGCGCUCGUCGUCAAUGGAAGUUCAUCCAUCCAGGAUAUCUUAGAAAUUCUAAGACAGAAAGUCUCUGGCAGACAGGAUGUUUGUGGUAUCUUUUCAAGUCCGUUCCAUUUGUACAUGCCCGGCAGAUGGCUUCCUUUAUCCGCCAUGGAGACGCUGGAUGCUCUGAACGGGGUGCCAGCCCAGUUGAUCUGGUUGAUCUUACCUUUGCACUAGAUGAUAGUUCUGAUCAUUGUGAAUACCAAUGUUGCAAAAAUCGCAAAGUGAACAGUGAUCCAUACAAGUUUCAGCCAGGGGAGGAAAAGUUUCAAAUGAAGGCAUGUUUGUGCAAGGAUGGGCCUGCUACAUUGAGGAACCUGGGGACUGAGACCCUGACCUUGACCACUUGUAAAUCCUGUGCCAUGCUUGCGUCAAAGAAAACCCAUCAGAUGGCACCACCACCUGUUCCAACGAUUCCAGGAAUUCACCUGCUCGAAGUAGCCGACGCUAUUCUGAAAGUCAUUGCGUCCAUCCCAAACACCCUUUCGAUUGAUGAAAGUGUCAAGAAGGCCAAAGCGAAAGGAGCUGCACUGGAAUCGAGGUUGCCAGUCGUGAUAUCAUCAUUGCUGAAUAAAAAUGCCCUUAAAACCGGUUAUUCGCCUGCUCAUUAUCUCUACAAUUCUGAGAAGGACAAGUUUUGCAAACUCGCAGUAGAAGGUCAAGGCGUACUUGCAAAGGUCUUUGUUCAGGUCAAAAGGGAAAACGGGACAAAGAAAGGCAUCUCCUUCCACAUAAGCUCUAACUUUGUCACGGUUACACCAUUUGACUUUUGGCAGAACGUACAACAUGGUGUCUCCUUUCCUCCUCCGACUCCCCACACUGAAGUCGUGCAAUGCAUGCUCGAAAGCCUGCUUGUUUUAGUACAAGCCCAUCACAAAGUGAAGGGCUUCAAGUUCACUACUGACAAUUUCUUCGUUGUGGACUCUGGGUGGAUACCUGUUCUGGAAGGAGAUUUAAUGAAACCAACAGAGUUGUUUUAUAAAGGUAUAACCAAAGGGCUCUCAAAGAAGGGCACACCAGUUGGAGGCUUGAAAUAUUCUCAGGGAGCCCCUGAGAACUGGUAUAUGAUACUCAACCCUGCAGUGGCUGAAAGAUAUGAUGAAUGGGAGGCUGGUGAUACUCCAAAGUCAUCCCCUGUCAAGAAUGGAAAAGGGAAGAAGCGUGAAGAACCAGAACUUGAUUCAGAUAUGGAUGACCUUUCGGAUAUUGAUUAUGUUUCAAUUGUUUCCGGACCACCUGAGUCGACCAUCUCAGCGAAUAGUGAACAGUCAUAUUCCUCAAAAUGGGUGCACCUCCUACAGGACGUUCCCAGCAGCAAGCGACUUUGUACUGGCAUUGAUGUAUCAGACUGCACCAAAUGGUUUGAUGUGAUUCUGGACAUUAUCGACACCGGUGGAACUUACCUUGAGAGCAGCUUCAAUCCUGGUUUACCAGAAUGGGCAGUUGAGAUUUGUUUGAUCCCUCAACUCAUUUCUGGACUUCUCAGCAGCCCUCAAUUCACCUUCACUUCGCAGUUAUGGGGACACAUUUAUGUUGGAAUGAACCUAGAGGGUGUUGAUGUUCCGGCAGCGCUGCAGGGAAAAGUCUGUAUCAAGCAGCCGUACUUUGGCCUCAUGACUAGGCAAGGGGUGCAGCGGAUGACUGAUGAUGUCGAAUGUACGGCCGUCUUACAGGAAGCGAAUACUUUGGUCUGGGCGAAUGCCAUUCAUGACAUGAGCAUUGCAUUGUAUGUAUCGAAUGGUGCCCCCGAACCGGUCGAAGAUGUUUCCGAAGAUCAUCUUGCCAUCGCCACAUUUUUAUGCUUCCUGCAGCACCUCCAAUACUCUCAGACAUUGGGAAAGUGUUUUGUCUCGGAUUAUCAAGGCGCCGGAAAAUGGCUGACGGACCCCCAAGUCAUGGCGAAAUCUGCAUAUUGUUCUGGGACUGGCAACUCUUUGGUGAAGGAAAUGUGGAUGGUUCCCUCGAGCAAUUCCCGCAAAGGCAUCAUUGUAACGAGUGGUGCACUUGGUUCUGCUUACAAGAGUUUUGAACAUACGUAG